CCCUGACAUGACAUGCUCUACCGCUCUGCCAGUACCUGGACGGCACAUGACUGACUCGGGUUCUCUAUGGUAUCUGAGGAGUUUAUUGCACUAAGUUCGCUAGACACGAAACCACUCCGAGAAGUUUGUGUCUACCUUAGCUGCGCGUGGGCAGGCGUUCACUCGGAAUGCACUGCAUCAAGCCGUUGAGUCCGAUGCAGUCGCCCGGGCCGCCAGUGCUCCGAAGGCCGGAUGCCCAGCCCGGAAUAUUCGGCAGGCCGGGGCCGAGAGUGUCUUCAACGCCGAGCCAAGCGAGUGCCGAUCAUCUAGACCCUUCGAUGACCAGACAUCCUGCGGCAUGGGUUGGUUCUUACGAUUUCCCUGCCGCACGUCCAGAUGCUUAUUCCCUGACUGCAGAAUGGUGUUGCUUUGUCGUCUUGCGCAGCGUACGUCUGAAGCGGCUCUGCAGGAUAUCGAACGCCUGAGGCCUCCUGCUACAGCAUGCCUUUCCAUCAGCCGGGUGACGGGGGUGGGGUGUCAUUUUCGAUGCUCAACGUGCUGUUGAACCCUCCAUCAGUCUGCGGUGUUGAUCAGUGCCCUUACGGGCAACUCUUAAUACGGCAAGAGAUCUGCCAGGUUAACUGGCGAGGAGAGAGCGAGAAGGAGAGCGGGAGUGAGGUCCGAGAGGUCUUAUUCGUGAAAUGCCAGCUCGGCGUUCUUGCUUUUCA